CUAAAACCACCCAGCAGACAAAAGGGAUGCGGCUGCUCACCGUCACCGCGCUGCUCUCUCUCCUCCUAGAACCAGGGCUGGCUCUGCAGAUCCAGUGCUACCAGUGCGAGGAGAUGACCCGCAACGAGUGCUCCACGCCAGAGUUUGUGGUCAACUGCACGGUCAACGUGCAGGACAUGUGUCAGAAGGAGGUGCUGGUGAUGGAGGACGGGGUCCACUACCGCAAGUCCUGCGCCUCGUCGGGGGCGUGUCUCAUCUCCUCCUCCGGCUACCAGCAGUUCUGCACCGGAAAGAUCAACUCGGUGUGCAUCAGCUGCUGUAACACGGCGCUGUGCAACGGCCCCCGGCCCAGGAAGAGGGCCCCGCCCUCAGCUGCGGCCGCCCUGGACCACAGCGGGCCCCUGGUCCUCUCCGUCCUCCUCCUCCUCCUGGGACACGCGGCUCUGUGCUAACAGACCUCCUCCUCCUCCUCCUCCUGGACACUCUGUUCUGACAGACAGACCUCCUCCUGCUCCUCCUCCUCCUGCUCAUCCUCCUCCUACUCCUC